UUUUGCAGGUUUUUGGAGUUUUUGAUCACAAAAACUGUUUGUUUGCGGUCAAAUCAUACAUAUUCGGAUUCAGCGCAACGAGCUCUAUCCAACCAUGUAUAGAAAUCGAAAAAACAAAAAGUAAUCGCCAAAAGAACUUGGCCAUCAAAGAUCUCGGAUCUUCUCAAUUUUGUAGAAAAAUUUCUAAUCUUUAGACUUUUUUUCUGCUUUUUAAAAUCCGUGAUCGAGCUAAAAUUUGACUCAUACAUCGGUAAAAUAACAGGUGCACAGACAGAUGAGCCUCUCACAGGUGCGGCUUACCCAAAGAAUAAGACAGACAUUAUAUGAUGUAGUUCGCUACGAUUAAAAAAUCCAGACAUCAGGUAUAAUUGUUGAUAAAUAUAUCUGUCCGAAUGAUUAACGUUUGCACUAAAAUCAAGAAUGAGGUGGCGGGGUAUACUUUUAAAAAACAAAAAAGCUAUAUUUCGUCGACGCUUCCAGGAAUCUUGAUUUGAAACGGGAUCUUGAAACGAAAAACGGCGUAUUAUUUCCGAGACCAACAUCAGUCGAAGAUAUAAAAAAAAGAUAGUCAAAAAAGAUGUAAUUUCUCACAUUAUGGAAUGUGACAAAUACAUUUUUUGUCUGAUAUACCCUCGUCGAUUCAUGGAGACAAAACAAUUUUAAAGACCAUAUUUUUUACCAUCAUCACACACACACGCUGCAAUCACAUAAAUUUUUGACGUUGUUCUUUUUGUUCUUGCUCAAGGUUCACUUAUCGGUGGACUCAAAUAUUGGAAGCUCAAAUGUCAAGAGCUGAGAUGUCGGAAGGCUCAUUUGUCGAGGCUCAUCUGUCGUGCUAUCAGAAUAACAAGUUAAGACGAUCAAAGGAUCGCCAUGUUUAACUAUUUUCUUAUUUGCAGGAACCGAUGCAUUUUUCUUUUUUAAAAAAAGCGAUUCACUCUCAUCUCACACUCUUCGACUUCUUACUUUUUGCUUCGACAUACGACCGGCUUUUUGAACUCAAAAUAUAUUAUUCACACAUAUUACCUAUGAGUUUUAUCGAUGAGAGAACGCGUUUACCGUAUAUGGAGAACACAUUCAUGCGUAGACUUUUUGACAAAUGCGUAUCCUCACAUAGUAAGUUAUGGUCAGUUUCAAGCAUCUUGUAAAUGGAGCGACAAUUCUCGGCGUACCAGUAAAACAGAACCGAACUCUUUGCCACUAUAUACCAAAAGACUAAAAUGGUAUAGCAAGUUUACACAUUUUUAACAAGAUUUCUUCAGAUGUAUUACCCUCAUUAUGAGAUUUAUUGCUCAGUUACUGUAUUUGAAUAAGCCUAUACAAAACAAGAAAUCUAAGAUUUUUCCAUACAACUAUCUUUUUCAUUUUUUUUAAUUAUUCAAAAUGAUGAAUAUACCUUUAUGUGAUGAUAAAAAAAUGGUAUCGAUCAUACUAACUUAUUCUCAUCUACAGAAAAACACAUCAUCACAGAUCAUUUAAUCAUUUGAACUAGAUUAAUACAAAGCGAGAACAAAAACAUUGUAAGAGACAGACACUGUUCGAUAAGAGAUAAGAGAAAAAAAUGAUAAAUAUCAUAGAUAUCUCUGUGUACAAAAGGGAAUAUGUUGUGUAUGUCGAUGGUAUACAGAAAUAGUUAGACAUUCAAUAUUUUAAAAAUAGUUCGAAUUCAAUCUCUUGGUACCAUGAAACUAUCUUCUGUGAUACUGAACUUCUUUCUUCAGUUUUUUUCUUCUUAUUUUCAUCCUGGACAAAACAAAACAAAACAAUAUCAAUAUAAUUAUCAUUUUAAAAUUUUCUAGUUCAUACGAAUGAAAAAAAUGAAUUUAUUCAAAAAUUAAAUGAUUUAUUUCAAAUAUCAUCAGAACAAUUGACUUUGACUAAUUUAUUUUUAAAAAUUUAUGAAUUAUUCAUUCAACAUCAACAACUUGGAAAUAUUGAUGAUACAUUUCGAAAAUUAAAUGAAUAUAAUUAUCUAAUAACAAAUUAUGGUGAACAAUCAUUUGAAACUUUACUAAAAAAUUUGAAUACAAUUAUUUCAAAUCAACAGAAAUUAGAUUAUUGUCUUAGUAGAUGGAAUGAAAAUUUUGGUAUGAAUGAAGAAAAUUUAACGAUCGAUACGUUAGAAACAAAUUUAUUCACAAAAUUUAAUACACAAAAUUUAAUUCUAUCGCGUUCGAAUCAAUUUCUUCAAGAUUGUUCCAACUUAUUUAGAGAAUCUGAUCUAACAUUUGAUAAUUUAUUUUCAAAAUUAAAUCAAAUUAUGUAUCAUCAACAAAAAAUUGAUUCGUUACUUCGUUCUUAUAACUGUAAUAAUAUUGAUACAUUAGAACAAUAUUUAAUUCAACUAGAACAACAACAACAACAAUAUCUUGUUCAACAGUUAAACGAUUCACAAGAACGACAAACUCAAAAUGAUCAAUUUUUUAGUCAAUGUCAACAACUAUUUACAUCUGACUAUUCUCUGCAAUCGGAAGAUAUUUUAGGAAAAAUUCAAGAAUUAAAAAAUCAAGAGAAAAAUAAGAGUGAAUUUAUGGAAAAAUGCAAAAUAUUGUUUGAUCAAACGUCUGAGACAGUAACAUCAUACGAUAUGAUAUUAAAUCAAAUUGAAACUUUAAAACAAAUGAAUGACAUGAGUAAAGAACGAGAACAAGUGUUAAUAAAAUUCUUAGAUGAAUGUCAACAUAAAAUGGGUGAAGUAGAAAAUAAUGUUGAUUUAAUGAAAAAUAUUCAACAUUUGAUUGAUUUUAAACAAAAAUUAGAAACAAUCACUGGUCAUAUUGCUGAUGAUUCUUAUAUAGAAAUAUUGAAAUCGACUAAUGAUCAACUAUCAUCCUUUGGUGUAUCAAAAGUUGAUGAUUUAUGUUUACGCUUGCAACAAUCCGAAUAUUCUUGUCAACAAAUGUUAAAUGAUAACCAAAAAAUUAUGAAUUAUGUUUAUGAACAAUGUCCACACAUUCCGAUCGAAUCUCGAAUCGAUCCACUUCGCACAGUUGAAUGUGUAACUCAACUCUAUGUUCAACAAUCGGAAGAUAUUAGACAAAUGAUAUUAGGUAAGUUAAAUCUGGUGUGUAAAUAAUUAACCCUUUACCCCCCCAUAGCGGUUCCAGAAGAGCCACUGACAAAAUAACUUUAUUAAUGAAGUACUAGUCCCCUAGUAUGCCAAUGGUGCGGUCUGAUCCACCGAAUGUCCUGGCCCUAGAGGAGGGUGGUUUGAUUGAUCUCACAAUCCUGUGGUGGAGGAAGGGAAUUGAACUACAUUGUAAUACUUGAUUUUUUUUCUUUGACCACAUUAUUGAGUAGGCCGAAACAACAUCUACCUCGUGCUAUUA